GCCCUGCACGGGACGGCCCGGCGGGGACCCCCGACCCCGCUGCCCAACCCGCCGGGCUCAGGGGGCUGCUGCAGGGACCCAGGGAGGAGGAGCUGGGCUGCCCCUCCUGUCCUCUCCCCUGCAUUCUUUCCUCCCUCUUCCCUCAAAGAGUUUCUCUCCCAUCAAGAAAUCUCUGUUUUGCUUUCUCGCUCUGUCUCUCCAUCCUCCGUGGAGUCUGCACUGUGGCCUCUCAGGCUCUGUCUCCAUCCGUCUCUCACUGUGCUUUCUGGGUCUCGGACCCUCCCAAUUUCUCUCUGUGGCUCACUUUCUGUCUUUCGGGUGCUCGAGGUGUCUCUAUAUCAUGUCCAUUUCUGCCACACUCCCUCGCUCCACCCCAGGGCCUGGCGGGCCCCCCUGCACACCGCACUGCCGGCCUCUGGGUCCCUGAGACCCUUUAACCUGUGAGGACGUCCAGGGUCACAGGUGAGGUUCUUGGGAGCCUGGCGUCCGGCCCAACCACAAGCCUGGGGAUUGCUGGCCUGACCCCUGACCCCUGACGCCACACAUCCUUCCCCCUUCCUCCCUUAAAACCCUGAACCUGACAUCUGAUGGGCAACUGAAACCCGACCUCUGACCCCAUAUCAUAAGCCCCUCCCCCACCCUGUGAUGACCUCACAAAAGUCACCAGCUUCUCCCCAGUUCAAGACCCUCCGCUAUGGCCCUGCUGGUCCCAGCAAGCUCUGUCCUGUCUGCCCUAGUGGCCCUGAUGGUCUUCAGGGCCUUCGCCUGGGCCUGUCUCCUCUGCUUCACGUCCUACAAUGAGCGCCUCCAAAUCUGCCAGAUCUUCGCAGGCCUGGAGAGUCCCGACCUUGGGAAGUGUGAGGAGGCCUUCACGGAUGCCUUUAAGGGCCUCCUGGACACAGAAAUCAACUACGAUGAGCGAGGCCACUUGCACGAUGCCUUCACCCAGAUGACCCACUUCCUCCAGGAGAUGGCUACUGCCCAGGGGUCCUUUCGGGUCGCCUUCCCUGAUGCCGCAAAGAAAAUGGAAAAGGUUAUAUUACAGCUUAAAGAAGCCCAAGCCUGCAUCCCUCCCUGUGGACUCCAGGAGGUCGCCCGGCGUUUCCGCUGCCGCGGGUGCUACUCCACGGUCUGCGACCUCCCGCUGGACUGCCCAGUUAAGGACGUGACAGUGACUCGGGGUCAACAGGCUAUGUUCUCUUGCACUGUGAACUUCCAGCUGCCGAAGGAAGAGAUCACCUAUUCCUGGAAGUUCGCAGGAGGUGGAAUCCGGACUCAGGACCUGUCCUACUUCCGAGAGAUUCCGCGGGCCCAAGGAUACCUGGCGCGGAUCCGGCCAGUGCAGCCCACGCACGGCGGGACCUUCUCUUGCGUGAUCACGCACGACCAGCGACCCCUGGCGCGGCUCUACUUCUUUCUUAACGUGACGGGGCCGCCUCCGCGCGGGGAGACCGAACUCCAGGUCUCUUUUCGGGAAGUGUUGCGCUGGGCGCCUCGGGAGGCGGAGAUGAUCGAACCCUGGAGACCGAGCCUGGGCGAGCUGCUGGCCAGACCCGAGGCUCUGACGCCAGGCAACCAGUGCCUGCUCGCGGCCGCUGUGGCGUUAGCAUCAGCCGGUGUGACCGUGCUGGCGUGGAUAUUCUUUCGAUGGUACUUAAGCAGCAGCUAACAAAGGUAUAUUUUUCUUCCUUAUCCGAUUUCCAUCCCUAAAAUAAAGAAUAUAUUUAAGCUCUCUAGAUUCUUUCAUCUUUGAAGGCGGUCACUAACGUAGGAGGAAGGGCGGCAUAUCCCAAAUAUGCCUAGGUGAGCAGGCCCCCACCAUGACAAUAAUAUACACGGCUGUCACAGUUCGAGCCCAGACCCCUCCCCAGAUUUCAGGCAGGAUCCUGGACAUUUCUACCUGCAGGCAUCACCCUUAAGUAGAGUCCUUGAUGUCACCCUGAAAGCUGCUUCCUCCUCAAGGCUUUCCUGCUGUCAUAAAGGGCACCACCAUCCACCCAGCUGCCCAACGAGAAACUAAGCUGCAUUUAAUCCUUCCUCCACUUCCAGUCUUCCAAGUCUCAGCCUUCUCAAUUCCUGACUCUCUCGUGAAGUUGCCUUCUCUCUAUGUGGUCCCAGUCACCACCAUCUUUUGCCAGAAACAGUGUAGCAGUGUCCCCAUUGGCCUCCCUGGCUCAUCUUGGCCUUGUCCCACCUCAAUCCAUUGCCCACAAAACAGCCAGAGUAAUAUUUUGAAGUUUGUCAGAUUGGAGCACUCCUCUUACCAGAACCCUUCAGUGCCUGCCCCACCCCCCAUUGCCAUUGGAACAAAAUCCAGUUCCUAGUCAAGGCCUUCAAAGUUCCCCAAGGUUCUGGCUAACCUUGGCUUGCCCCACUCUUUGCCCUUGAUCUUUCUACCGGGUAGAAAGAUCUUUGGCCUUUGCUCAUUUCUUGUAUUCAUCCAGAUUCUUCUUAUUCUCUGCAGGACCUGGGUCCAUGCUGUUUUCUGCCUAGACUAAUAUUUCUUCCCUUUUUGGUCUAGUUAAGUCAGUUAGGAUUUCCCCUGAACGGCCUUUACAUGAAUUAACCCAUUAUUCCCCAUGACAGCUCUCUGUGGGCUGGCACGGUAUUUAUGGGCCUGACUCCACCUCCCUCUCAUCCCCCUCUUAGCCCCACUGGCCUUCUUUUUUUUGGCCCUUCAACAUGCAAAGCUCAGUCCUGUCUCUGGGCCUUUGCACAUGCUGUUCUUCAUACUUGAAAUGACUUUACUCUGAACCUCACAAAGCCACCUCCCUCUCACUGCACAGGUCCCAGCUCUAGUGUCACCUUCUCUGACGACUCCCGUCACCCCAUAACUGACCUCCCCCUCUUUUACCUUGUGCAUAGCACUCCUUCAGGCCUAAUGUAAACUUCUUUUUUAAUUUGGUUUCAUGCCUUCCCCACUUGAAAGGUAAGCUCCUUCACAUCCUUAUUCACUGAUGUGUUCCCCUUCACUGAUUCAUUCAGUCAGCAAACAGUUACUGAGUGUAUACUUCGUGCCAGGCAUUUUCAAGGCCCUGUAGAAACAGCAGUGAAAAAAUCAGAAGAGACAAAAAUCUGCACCUUCAAGAUGAAGGAGACAAUUAAUAGAUACAAACUGUUAUGUAUAAAAUAAAUAAGCUACAAGGAUAUAUUAAACAGCACAGGGAAUACAGCCAGUAUUUUAUAAUAACUUUAUUUGGGGGGGGGGGUGUAGGUUUAUUUAUUUAUUUUUUAAUGGAGGUACUGGGGAUUGAACCCAGGACCUCAAGCAUGCUAAGCACACACUCUACUACUGAGCUAUACCCUCCUCCUACAAUAACUUUAAAUGGAGUGUAGUCUAUACAAAUAUUGAAUCACUAUGUUGUACACCUGAAACUUAUAUAGCACUGUAAGUCAACUAUACUUCAAUUUUUUAAAAAAAAUCUGCACCCUCAUGGAGUUGAGAUUCUCGUUGAUGGUCAAAAAAUAAACAAAAAAAUUAAGCAAAAAUACUCAUCAAGUCAUAUGAUAAUGGGUGUGAUGGAGAAAAUAAAGCAGAGAAGCAGAGAUGGGGGUGUUGGGGGAAGAAGGGUAACAAUAGGAUCUUUGGACAAGGCCUCACUGACAGUGACACCAUGAUAAGCUUACUUACAAAACAAACAGGCUCACAAAUAAAAAAAAAAAAAAAAAGGAAAGAAACAGACUCUCAGACAUAGAAAACAAACUUAUGGUUACCAAAGGGAAAGGGGAGUUGAGGAUAAAUUAGGAGUUUGGGAUUUGCAGAUACACACUACUAUGUGUAAAAUAGAAAAACACACUAUGCUGUACACCAGAAACUGACAGAGCAUGGUCAACAGUACUUCAAUUUAAAAAAAAAAGAAGGACUUAGAGGGAGGGUGUAGCUCAGUGGUAGAGCGAUGCUUACCAUGCACCAGGUCCUGGGUUCAAUCCCUAGUACCUCCAUUAAAUAAGUAAAUAGACCUGAUUAACUCCCCCCCCCAAAAAAAAUUAAGUAAUGAAAACAUUUUAAAAAGGACUUGAAGGGGAUGAGGUGCAAGCCAUGUGGAUAUUUGUGUCAAGAGCUCUCCAGGCAAAAGAAACAGCAGGGGCAAAAGCCCUGGGGCAGGAGUUUGCCUGGUGUGCGGAGGAGUAGCCAGGAGGUCAGUAUACCAGAGCAAGGCUUUAGGAAAUGAGUAUGCCAUGAGGUCAGAGGGAGCACGGGGGACCAGUUCACGCAGGACCUUGGCCACUGUAAGGUCUGCAUUUUCCUCUGUAUGAGAUCAUUGUGAGUUUUGAGCCAAGGAAGGUCAUGGUGGUAUUAGACUGGACUUACUCAGCUCCUGCAUGGAUGACAGACUGUAGCAGGGGCAGGGGUAGAAGCAGGGAUCACUGCUGGGUGCUGCGGUCAUCCAGGCAAGAGAUAGCAACUUUUUACAUUUAAUUUGGGGGGCGGUAGGUAAUAAGGUUUAUUUAUUUAUUUAUUAUUACUUUUGGUGUAGGUACGGGGGUCGAACCCACGACCUCAUGCAUGCUAGGCACACACUCUACCACUGGGCUAUACCCUCCCCCUGAGACAGCAACUUAAUAAUUGAGGGAAGAGUUGUGGUUUGGGGACAGAGUGGUGACAGGGAAGGUGAGGAGCAGUGCUUCUAGAUCUGUCUUGAAGAUAGAGCCAUUGGGAUUUGCUGAUGCAUCAGCAUGUUGGGUGUGAAAGAAAAGAGAAGGGUCAAGGAUCCAUUGUCUGGACAGCAGCAACGUCCAGGAGAACCCUCUGACGUAGGGGACUGUUCUAGAUCUGCCCUGUCCAGUAUGGCAGCCACCAACCCCAUGUGGCCACAAAGCACGUGAAAUAUGGCCAGUGCAAUUGAGAAAGUGAAUUUAUAAUCUUUUAUAACUUAGAUGACAUAAAUCUAAAUCAUCCUUCUGUGACAGUAAAAGUCAUUGGAGCCUGUGUCCAGGGAUCUUUAAUUCUGGGUCACACCCUCUUUGUUUAUUUGACUGAGAGCUCCUGGAAGGCAGGCUCUGCCUCUUGUUUUUGUAUUUUCGAACCUGGCAAAAUGUGUGGAAUUCAGUAGGAAUUUAAAUGUUUUUGUGACAGAUUGACUGAGUCAAAGAAUGAUGGAGUUGAAAAAAGAACUUAAUUUAGUCCCACAUGGUGAUGGCCACUGUUGUGAACAGUGCAGCUGUAGCAUUUGGGGGCCUGAGCAGCUGGAAGGAUGGAGUUCUGUUUCUUGAGAUAAGGGAGACUGUUAGAGGAGAAGAUUUCAUGGGGAUUGAGGAGGAUAGAUUGGGAGCUGGGUCUAGUAUUAGGUAUCCAACUGGAAACAUUUUGGAGGCAGUUGGGUACACAAUUUAGGGACGAGAUCUCCUCUGAAGAUGGAAGUUUCAGAGUCCCGCCUCCAGACGUGGAGCAUGGAUGAGGCAUUCGUGUACAAAAGAAGUAAGUGUAGGUGGAUGAAAGAGGUGGAUGAGAGGUUUCUUUUUGAUCAGUCAGCAACAUGAAGAGGAACCCACAAGGAAAACAGGGAUGGCAGGGCAGCUGUGGCAUUCCGGAAGCCACGUGAAGAAAGCAUUUCAAGGAGAGAGUGAUCAGCUGUCUCAGAGGCUGGAUCAUAAAGCCUGUUUCAUGAAGCAAAGGAGAUUAGUGUUAAUUUUUUUUUUUUAAUCUGGUUUUUGGUUGCUGCCUGUACUUCAUGUUUUCUUCUGUAAAGAGCUUUGAAGUUUUGAUCUGUGCUGUUGUUAUGCCAGUAACCGUGUGUGUCAGAUGUGUGAUGCAUUUUCCCUUCUCCAUGUGUGUUAUGUCCUUUAACAGAAGGCACAGCUGAGUCCCAGCUAACUGGAGUCACUUUGCUGUUUUGCUGCUUGUUGCAUGCACAUAGGAAUGGGCAGCGAGCUCCUUUCCCCUUCCCCAGAGCCGUUUGAUCUCUCCCAAAAUAUACCAGCAGCCUGCUUACUACUAAACUCAAUCCAAAAGGCCUUCAAAAAUACAGUGGAUAUCUUUUUUUUUUUUUGACUAACCAGUUUAUUGACAUUAUUUGAAACUUUUGAAACAUAAACGGAGAGGCUUUUUGUUGAGACACUGUCAAAACAAUUUUUUGAAAUGUUCCUGAAACUCACAUGGAUUUGAAGAUGAAAGGAUGUUACUACCAUCCUUAUUAGUCGUUGGGAGGAGGAAAAAUAUGACUUUAUUCCACCUGAAAAAUAUAUACAGGCUUAUAUCUUUUAUUGUCUAAAACAAUAAGCUAAAAUGAAUUUCUAUAAUUUUAAUUUGAAGAUUGAAUAAAUAUUUUUCAUAAAGAUAAAAAAAACUAUCUCAGAAGCUAAUGACUAGGAAACAGGAAGCCUGAGAAUUGGCCCUCAGUUUUAUCCACAUGGAUAUCAUUGAUGAAACUGAUGAGCAAUUUCCAUGGCGCAGUGGGGGGUGACCAUCUGACUGGCAUGCGUUUAAGACUCAAUGAGAGUCUUAAACAGCAAGGUCCUACAGGGAACUAUAUUCAGUAUCUUGUAGUAACCUAUAAUGAAAAAAUAUGAAAAGAAAUAUAUGUAUGUGUGUGGUUGGCUGGACCAUUAUGCUGUACACCAGAAACUGACACAACAUAGUAAACGGACUCUACUUCAAAAAAGAUUUUUUUAAAUAUAUAGCAUUUAUUCACUACUGAAAGAAAAAGGACUCAGUGAGAGUCAAAAUCAUCUGUCAUUAGAGAAACACCAAUCAAAACCACGAGAUACCACUUCACCCCCACUAGGAUGGCUAUAGUCAGAAAGUCAGGAAAUAACAUGUCAGAUGUAGGAUGGAGAGAAUUCAGAACCCUCAUAUUUUGCCAGUGGGAAUGCAAAGUGGUGCAGCCACUGUGGAAAACAUUCUGGCAGUUCCUCAAUACGUUAACCAUACAAUUACCGUACGAUCCAGCAAUUCCAUUCCUAAAGAAUUCCAUCUAAGAAACUUAAACCUACGUCCACACAAAAAUUUGUACAUGAGUGUUCAUAGCAUUAUUCACAGUAGUCAAAAAAUGAAACUAUCCCAAAUGUCCAUCAGCUGAUAAGGGGAUAAACAAAAGGUGAUACAUCCCUACAGUGGAAUAUUAUUUGGCAAUAAAAAGCAUCAGUGAUACACACAGCAACAUGCUUGAACUUUGAAAAAGUGCUAAAUAAAAUCUGUCAGAGAAGA